AUGAGCGCCAAGUUGUGGAUGUCUUCGGGCUCUUCGCUCAUGUCUUCAUCGAUGGCUGAGUCGCCCAUCCAUUCAAUCGCGCAAUACAUCGAAGACUACAUGGAUUUGGUGGACAACGUGCCCAACGAUAUCGCCCGACAGAUGACUCAACUGCACGAACAUAACCACCGAUACCAUCAACUGCUGGAACUGCUGAAGAGCCAACUGGACCUCCUGUCCAACCCGUCGACCAAUGAGUUACGCAAACGAAACGCUUUACUCAAAGUGCAGAGAAGUCUGAUUGAGAUCCAGGAGAUCGCCGACGAGAAGCUGCUUCUCAUUCAAUCCAUUUUGGAUCAGUUGGACUCAAAGGCCCGACAAUUGGACUUUGAUUACCGUUCCGUCACUUUAUUCAACUCGUCGUCCAAUCAGACCAACAACUCGAGGGUUCAGUUGCAGAGCACGUCCUCUUUGGUGACCUCCGGAUACUCGUCGACACAGCGGACGGAGAGCACAACGAGUGGCGGAACCGUUGCCAACACGACGGCUGCCGUUCAGAACACAUGCCAGGAGUCGACUGCCAAAGAGGUGCCGAACGGCAACUCAAACGGACUCUCGAACGACAACUCGAACUCUUCGGGGAAGAGGGCGUCCGCCAGACGUAACACCACUUCGCGCUCUAAUCACGACAACAAUGGCGACAAUCCCUCGAAACGGGCCGUCAAGAGAGGGAUGAAGUCAUCGCACAAAGAGAUGAAGAGAAGCAAGAACUCGAUCACUAACUCCAACAGCAGUAACAACAGUCUGCUAAUGGGGGUGAACUCGCCGCCCAACCUGUACGAGGGGGCGCCCAUAGACCCGGAUGAGCCCACGUACUGCCUCUGCGAACAGGUCUCCUUCGGCGAAAUGAUUUGUUGCGAUAACACUGACUGUAAGAUUGAAUGGUUUCACUUCUCCUGUGUCUCACUCAACACCAAACCCAAAGGCAAGUGGUUUUGCCCCCACUGUAGGGGCGACCGCUCCAACAUCCAGAAGAAGUAG